GCCAUGGAAGCCAGCACUUCCCUCUGGCACAGCUACCUGGGGGUGAUCGUGUCCCGCGAGAGGCAGCGGAUGGAGCACUUCCAGCGGGCCGAGGACAUCCUGCUCACCCUGCUGGAGAGCGUCCAUGCCAGGGAGCCCCGCUUCCUCGUGGACUAUGCCAGGAACCUGGAGGCCUUGGAGUUCACCCUGUGUGCCUCUGAGGACGCUGUCACUCUGGAGAUACCCCUGCGUGUCGACGGCGCUGCCCUGCGUGUGCUGGCGUGCCAGAGCAGGGACGGCCCAGCCAGGCAUCCUUCGGAGCUGGACACCUGCUAUCUGGAAGUGUGCUCUGCAGGGACUGGUUUGGAGGACUGGACUGGCGUUGUGGAUGUGCGUGGAGGUGGUGUGGUGUGCCUGCUUCCAGGCAAAAUUCUCCAGCACCUGAAAGAGCUCCUUGUUUCAGCCAUCGUGCGCUGCCGACGCCUCUUCCUGCUUCAGCCAGGUGACAUCAGUGCUGAAAAUCUGCAGGAAGACGCCAUGGAGCUCUCCCUGCUGAUCCGUGGCAGCUGGAAGACCAUUCGCUUUGACGUUGUUCCUGUGGUGAGGAGGCAGCAGGAGCCGCUCCAGCUCCGGAGGCGGCAGAGCUGCAGGGGCUUCCCUGAAGGCAGCCUCAGGAAGGCCACAGAAGAGGCUCACUUCGUCCCUGCCUCUCCCCACUGCUGGAGAUCCUCCACUCACCUUCCCAUCCUGAAGCUGCUGCGAGGAGUGGACAGCCUGAAGGGGCCCCGCCUGGACAGCCUGCGCCUGCUGGAGCAGCUCCGUGACCAGGACUGGGGAGGGCAGGGGGGGAAAGGCACUCUCACCUUCAACCACCUGAAGAUGGUGUUGCUGUGGAGCACAGAGCUCUUCCCCUCCCCAGAGGACUGGCAGGACCUGGAGGGCUCUGUCUACAGGCUCUUGGUGAUCCUUCUCCGCUGCCUGGCCACCCAGCACCUGCCCCACUUCCUGAACCCAGAGCAAAACCUCUUCCAAGGAGCGGGCCCAGACCUUGCCUCCCUCUACCAUAAAGUCGAGAGCUUUGCCUGGGACCCCCAACGCUUCCUCCGCUUCCAUUUCGGCCUCCACGGGUUCAGUGGCAGCUGGCAGGCAGACUCUGAGACCCGAGCCCUCCUGCAGCUCCCCACCAAGGGUGCAUCCUACUGGGACACAGCCUACUUUGACAUGCUGCUCAGCCAGUUUCAGGUGUACCGGAUCCAGGACAGUGCACGCCUCUCAGCAGUGUCCCAGCUCCUCUCCGAGAUCCGUCGAGAAAUCCCUCAGCAGAGCUGA